UGCGCUGAAGAGAAAUGCUUUAAUGUUGUGAAGAAAUGGGAACCCAUACUACAUGAAGUUCAUCAACCAAAAUGCGACCGUUUCUGUCCGAGUUACGCUUUUGUGUAUGGAGCUUCAUCGUAACAUUUGUGUUUUGUGGGAACCCACUGAAUAUUCCAAGACUCAGUGUGCGUCAGGAUGGAGUUCAAGACCGCUUUCCAUACGACAGAAAUUUAAGUCACACCGUGUUUUAUUAUCAAGAGAAAUCUGACAGUCUCUUUAUUGGAGGAACUAACUACGUGCUACAGAUACAUUUACAAAACGGCCAUGUUUUGGAGAACUAUACACUUUCAUCGAACCAGUCCUGCAGAGAGGGCCCCUGUGAAAAUGUUGUCACAACAAUUGAAGACUUCCUGGACAGCUUGUUGGUCUGUGGUACUGAUGGAGAGUGGCGACAGUGCUGGAGGCUGUUUCCCAAAGAGAACAACCGGUCUUCUGAGGUAGUUGCGAGCAUUGAGGGGAUAGGAAUCGCCCCACACACAUUCUCCCAGAACUCCUUAUCCCUCUCAGUGGAUGGAGAUCUGUACACAGCUGCCCCUUUGUACAAAGAUGGCAGCUCCUUGCAGUUCAGAAGGACCGCAGGCAAGCGCACUAACGUGUGGAUGUACGACAAAUGGGUUACAGAACCCACCUUUAUCUCAGCUUUCUCAGUUCCCCUUGAGAACGACCCUGACAAUGAAAAGAUUUAUGUCUUUGUCCGUGAAAAGAACUCUGAUAGCAGUCCAGAGGCUGACCCAUGGAUUUCCAGAGUGGCUCGAGUGUGCAAGGCAGAUGAGGGCGGGUCCAAGAGGUUCUUCCAGAACAUUUGGACCUCAUUCCUGAAGGCCCGGCUGGUCUGCGGAAUCCCCAGCGAGUCGCUCUACUUCAAUCGUCUCCAGGACAUCCACGUGCAGCAUGAUGCUGAUUGGAGGAAGACGCGUGUCUACGCUCUGUUCUUCAGUAGCUGGAACUCAACUGCAGUUUGUAUCUACUCCAUGGAGGAUAUCGACAGAGUUUUUGAGACCUCGUCCUUCAAAGGCUACAAUGACCCUGUCCCCAGCCCCAGACCAGGAGCGUGUGUUCGAAACAGCAAGACCCUUCCCAUUGCCACCAUCACCGUCAUCAAGGAGCAUUCAGAAAUGACCGACUGGAUUCAUCCCAUCUACAGACACACUCCCUUCUACAUCAGCAGCAACAACUACACCAAGAUUGCAGUGGAUCGCAUAGAGGCAGCCAACAACAACUCACACAAUGUGCUGCUUCUUGCCACUGAUACUGGAACCAUCCACAAGAUCUUGGAGAAUGACCUCAGGCCUUUCAUCAUCUCAGAGACUCACUUGUACAACCUCUCCGCCCCCAUCCAGUCCAUGAAGCUCGACUCAAAGAGGAGGAGGCUAAUCGUGGGAUAUCCAGGGCAGAUGUCAUAUUUGGACUUGCAGCGGUGCCAGGAUUAUAACAAGUCCUGUGAGGACUGUGUCCUGGCUCGCGACCCCUACUGCUCGUGGACGCCUCGAGGAUGCACCGCUGAAAUGCCUCGGGGUAUUCAGAACAUUGCAGACGGCGAGACAGACGUAUGCCACAAUAUAUCUGACGCCUCCACAGCACCCAGACGCUCCACCCGAACCAAGAGAGCGACGCCCCUGAUGUCCUCGCCAGACGUCCAGAGACUGGUGCACUCUGUCCCGCUGGACUUCCCCUUCUACCUGUCCUGCCCCAUCGAGUCGCACCACGCCACCUACACCUGGGAGCACGAGGGCCGCAGUAGCAGCGCCUGCCAGCAGGCCGGCUCCAACUGCCUGCACCUCAUCCCCGCCAUGGGCGCCGAAAACUACGGCAACUACACCUGUGUCUCCUUGGAGCGCGACUACACCAAGGUGGUGAAGCAGUAUCAGCUGCUGAAGCAGGAACGUCCUGUUCCUCCUACUCCUAAGUCCACGGUCAUCUCGCCCAAGGUCAGAGGAGAUGCGGCAAAGAUCACAUCACACCUUACGUCAGGGCUUAUGAUCGUACUGAUGGUGGUGCUCCUUUUAAUGAUGGAAGCUUUAGAUUAGACUGUAUCUAUCUGACGGUUUUCUUUCUCUCGCUGUUUCUUCAUAACAUUUCUAGCCAUAUCUUUUUUUUGUUGGGAGUGGGAUGAGAGAGAAAUAUUUUCACCCGAUAAAAUUAGAUGGCUGUAUUUAAAAUACCCUAAUUGGAAAGAAUGACCCACAUUGGAAAGAAGGAAGUGUGCGUAUGCACAGCAUGAGGGGAAAAUGUAAGGGACAGAUUUUUGAAGGCAAGGAAGAAGCUGAAGAGAAGAAGCCGCUCAGCAGGCAGUGAAUGUCUAAGUCCACAUACUCCAAGCAGACUACGGAGUCAAAAUCGGAAACAUCUGUCUCCAGCUGUCUGUGUCUGUGCAUGUGUCCACAAGGGAGCGGAAUAAUCAAGGCCUUGCUCAGUGGACGUUCAGCCAAUGGUGUGGGUCACAGUGUACUCGGGGGAGAUGGGAGUCCCGUGAGCAUGACGGUGAGAGGUUGUGGACGGAGUCAACCCGGCUGAAGAAAGCAUCUUGAGGGCUUUGACGUUCCAAGUUAAUUGGUCAGUAGCAGAAGCCAGAGGAUUGCUUUGGCCAUCAUUAGUGUCCGUCAUCCCCAUCAGCUGCAUGGUUACUGAAAGCACGCUGGUCUUCUAUGGCCUGUAGAUGCCUGAUAGAGACCAACUUGGUUCAAGUAGACUGAAGUCAGUAUUUGUCAUUAGGGGUAUGAGAGCAAUAGUGCAAUGUUCACUUUGAGUGCACUGAAAUAGUAGUCUGGCUAUCACCAUAUUAGAUCAAUCGUUUAAGAUUGAACAUUAGGAGUCUGUGCUUUAUUUCUACUGCACAAGAGGCGUGAUCAAUGGGCAUAGUUCAAAUGACUCCGUAUGCUUGGAUAGUCCUUCAACCAAUCAGACCAACGGUCCGAGUGCGCCUUUUGGAUAAGCUAGUUUGUGAUUGAACCCAAAGGUUGUGAACAGAAAGUGAGGGAGAUAGAUGUACAAGUUUCCAGCCUGAGCUGCCAAGUGAAAUCCAAAUUCGUCAGGCAGGGUUCACCCAGCCUACUGAAAUAGACCAUGGAAAGGGAAAGUGUUAGCAUGUUGGUGAUAAUUAAGUGGACACAGACAUAAUGUCUAUUUAGUGGAGAUUCAUAGUCAUUCAUAUAUAAAAUUCUCCGUGCUCUCAACACACAACAGAAGGGCAGAUUGGGGUCCAUUAUAGAGAGCCACUGCAUGGCAUCAGGGGGACUGAAAGUGAAGUUCAUUAUGUUCACGGCCAUGCUGUUCCUCUGGACAGGGCGUACAAAGGACCAAACAGGAAGUGUUUCCAUAACCCAUGAGAAUACUCUAAUCUAAAUUGGUCUACACAAUAACGGUGAAGGUGAGAUCAUGGAUGAGGAAUACUAUGCCUGUGUUAGUCCACUUAGACAUUAUUUGACCAACUGAUUUAUUGAUAAUAUUUAUUUGUGUUAUUUAUGCUUUAUGUUACAAUACCUUUCAAUGAUUUUGUGCUCAACAACAUUAAAUAUAUUAAUAAUAUAUAAACUUUCCUGUUCAUAUUUGUUUGAUUAGAAAUGUUGACUUUUAUUAAUAUUUUUUCACUACCAUGCGACAGCUCUGACCUAAAAAGCUUUAUUAUUAUUAUUUUCAAUAAAACAUUAUUUUUAGA